CUCUGCCACGUGUCACGAUCUAUCUAACAGAAGAACCUAUAACCCAUGCACCAAUCUUCACGACUCUCUGCCUCUCUCUGUCUCUCUCAAAACUAAAAACAUGGCCAUGGCUUCCAAAGACGAACCUAUUCUAUCCCGACUCGACCGCCUAGACAUUAUGAUGGGGUAUUUGGAGGAAAUACGGGGUUGUAAUAAGUCGGCGAAAAGCUCGUGUCCGUCUACGCCGACGAGUGGUACGGUGACGACGAGCGACGGAGGCAACUCCUCCGUUAAUUCAUCGCCAAAGAGCCUCGAGAAGCGUUGCCGUCCCAUUGACGCCGUUAUGGCAGAGACGCGGGUCAAAGGGACCCUCGUUGACCGGCUCAUCCACCUAGAGAACCGGGUGUUGAAGCUGAGUAUGCUGAUGGAGCAAGAAAUAGAGGAAAAGAGGAAGGAAAAGGAGGCAAAGAGCGAGAAAAAAGCCCAUCAAAAGAGUUUAAAGCGCCUCGUCAAAUCAUUUGUGAAAGGCAAACCCAAGUCGAAGGACUGAUGAGCCCCACCAUCCAUUUCAUCCCCCUUCACAAAAAGCCCUUUUUCUUUUUAUUUUUCUUUUUCUUUUUCUUUUUCUUUUUUAGUGGUUUUAUGUAAUUUAUAUGGUUGUAUGUAAUGCGUAUUUCCUUGUAUGUACGUAUAUAUACUACGAAAAUAAUAAAUAUAGCCCAUGAAGAUGAGAGCAUGCUGCCUUAUUACACACACGGAUCUUUAUUAUACUAUGAAAAUAAUAAAUAUAGCCAUUUGAAUGCC